UAUAAACGUUUAAAUCUAUAGUCAAUACAAGCGUUUUAGUAAGUACCCUCUGCAUUUAUUGUUGUUUUCGUUUCUACCUCUCAAAUCAACUUAUCAAGGAGGUAUUUGAUAACAGUUCUGCAAUCUGUGCUCUGUAUAUACGAUUAUAUUCAGACCAGUCGGAUGGACAAUUAAAAAUCCCGAUAAGAUUUUGAUUUGAAUCGCAAAUGCAAUUAACUUGAAGUACAUAAGUUAUUGUCGCCUAACAACAAACCGGCUUAUUUCUACAUAUGACUGGCGAAAGCUUCGAAAAUGGUAAAUGUAAAUACGAAUGCAUCUAUCACUCAUCAAUAUACGUAAAGAACGAAUAAAUGUUUGUAAGUGGUAGUAGAGAAAAAUUACAAACCGGUAUGGAAUAUGCAAUAAAGCGUGAGCAUUAGAUUAACUGAUAAAGUUCUAUAAACCACUUUCUUAUAAAUAUCUAAAAUAAAGGUUCACCCUAAUUGUGUGGCAUACCGACACGAACACAAAUCCAACAUAACAUACAUAUGCACGUGUGUAGGUACUUAUUCAUUUGUAUGUAGUAUGGUUAAUUAAUUUACAACUUUAACGAGCAUUCGAUCGCCACAUCACAGCUCGGAAUCAGGUCCAAUGCAGCGCUACGGUCAAUCGCCUGUCAUUCCCAGUUGAAUAGCUGUCCGCAGAGGUUCAGUCAGAAAUAUAGUAAAAUGGAUGAAACAAUUGAUAAUGCAUCUUACAUUGUUGAUGGAGUCCGCGAGAAGUUAAUGAACGAUUGGAAGAUUCUACAGCAUGUCUUCAAGCUGGUAGAAAAGGAGGAUACUUUUUGUGCCAAUCCAGAACUAUGGAGGGAACAGAAAAUAGUCGAUUUUAUGCAGCCGGACGAACUAAAGAAACAUAUAGACCUGACAAUCAAGGAAAACGAAACAUCCACAAACUCUGAUAUCGAGCAGAUCUGUCAGCAGGUUAUACAAUAUUCUGUAAAAACCUCUCAUGGCCGCUUUCACAAUCAGCUGUUUGGACAAAUGGAUCCCUUUGGGCUGGCUGGAGCCUGGAUAACCGAGGCACUGAACACAAGCUCUUACACCUAUGAGGUGGCGCCUGUUUUUAGCCUAAUUGAGACGGAGAUCAUAUCAACGGUUUGUAGAUUAGCCGGAUACAGCCAAGGCGAUGGUAUAUUUGCUCCUGGCGGCUCCUCAUCGAAUAUGUACGGACUCGUUCUUGCGCGGUAUAAACGCUUUCCACAAAUCAAAUCGACUGGCAUGUUUGGAUUACGUCCGCUUGUCAUCUUCACCUCCGAGGACUCGCACUACAGUCUGCAGAAAGCUGCCCACUGGUUAGGCAUUGGUGCUGACAACUGCAUAGCUGUGCGCACCAAUGCCAAGGGUCAAAUGUCACUGGACGACCUGGAGGCGAAAAUUAAAGCAGCACGGGCACGCGGACAUGAGCCGUUUUUCAUCAAUGCCACCGCCGGCACAACGGUGCUGGGCGCAUUUGAUGACAUUGCUGGCACUGCCGAUGUGGCCAACCGCCAUGGACUAUGGCUGCAUGUGGAUGCCUGUCUGGGUGGAUCCGCACUGCUCGCCUACAAGAACCGCUCACUUUUGAAGGGCCUGGAGCGCGCCAACUCCUUUGCCUGGAAUCCACACAAGACCCUCGGCGUUCCGUUGCAGUGUUCCCUGUUCCUCACCAGCGAAUCCGAUUUGCUAGCGCGCUGCAACAGCAUUGAGGUGAAUUAUUUAUUUCAGCAGGAUAAAUUCUAUGAUAUCUCUUACGACACCGGCAACAAGAGCGUCCAGUGCGGCCGCAAAAUAGACGCCUUCAAGUUCUGGCUUAUGCUCAAGGCGCGCGGAUACGGCAAAUACGGACAUUUAGUGGACCAUGCCAUAUUAAUGGCUCGCUUGUUGGAGCAAAAGUUGCGCGGACGUCCAGAUCGCUUCAGACUCGUCCUGGAGCAGCACGAAUACUCCAAUGUCUGCUUUUGGUACAUCCCAAAAUCCAUGCGGGUGCAGAGCAGCGAGGAGACCGCAGAGUGGCGGGCGCGUCUAUAUACCGUCGCACCCCUUAUCAAGGAGCGAAUGGCGUACAGUGGCACCCUGAUGGUUGGCUAUACGCCGCUCAGCAGUCGCAAGUUGGGCAACUUCUUCCGCAUGGUAUUCACCUGUUUUCCCGUGCUCAAGACUGACGAAUUGGAUGUCAUUUUAGACGAAAUCGAACGUCUGGGCAAGGAGCUCUAACUAUAAAUUUGAAUAUAAAAUAAUAAUCAUUUGUUUCAAGUAAAACGGUUUCCUUUUUUAUA